AUGGGAGAUGGCGCACCAGAGCAAUUUUUAAUGCGUUCGCGCGCUGCUCGCACCUCGUCGAAUGAAGGACUAAACGACACGCCGACAUAUAAGGAUAUUGUAUAUAUUGAAAGGAAAGUGAAGCAUGGGGACACUUUGAAUAAAUUAGCAAUUAAAUACCAAGUAAAUGUUGCUGAGAUAAAAAGAGUUAAUAAUAUGGUAAGCGAACAGGAUUUUCUAGCGCUAUCAAAAGUGAAAAUACCGGUGAGCAGGAUGCGAGUUGCGCUUGGAUUAACAUCAACUAGCAGUCAAGAUGAAGAUGAAGAAGACGAGAAUGUUCUAAUUGAUAUUGACGAUCGGACAAAAUUACUACAAGGCGAUUCAAAAUCGAGAGAUACUAGCGUAGAAGAUAUUUUUCACAAAACUGAUAUUAAUAUAGCACAAGUUCGCGAAGCUCUUCCAGAAGACGGUGCUCCAGCCGGCUCAUUUCAUUUCGUCACUGCCAGCGCUCCAAGUUCGCCAACAAUUUCCGUAUGGGCCGUCGUGCUCGGCGUGCUUCUCAUCUUCUGCAUUCUUCCGCUGGUGCUCACCUUCUACGAAGAGCACGAAGAAGCCGUUCAUCAUCAUCACACAACGCAUUCCUAA